GAGAACGUGUACCUCCGCACGCGACUUCUUCCGCGAGCUGCGCUCAUUCCUUAUCAUCUCGUCGAUUCCAUCGCUGACUCUUUUUGCGUCGUCUGCAGCCUUCAGCCGUAAUUCGCGUGCUUCUUCAGUUUCAUUUGCCGGAGGUAGGAGGGCGGCAGCGAGGGGGUCCGAGAGGGACCUGCGUCGAGUAUCCAGCUGCUUGGGCUUCGCCAUAUGUCGUCAAGAGAAAAGAAAGAACGGCUCCAGCCGUGGAAGUCGAAAGCGUUCUAUCUAAGGUCUUCAAUUGGCAUAUUUGAUCGUGCACGUGAACCAACCGCAUCCGAAGACAAAGCGCCGAGGAUGCACUCUUUCGUCUUGACCGUCAUUGUCGGGAGAGCAAGCCCAACAACACAUCAUGUCUCUGUCCGGCCUGUGCCAGGUUUCAGAUCUCAGGAGUAACAUCAGCAACCCCGUCGGUCCGUCUGUCGCAGGUCCCUCCGUCAUCAUCCCAUCCGGACAUGCCACGCACGUACUGUAGACGGCUUCCCGUAUCAGCUACCACCUACAGCAACAUGUGUGAUAACUUCUCUUCGCAUCACCCAUGCAUCACAACUGAUUCCCUGGCUAAUGGGUUGUCAUCCGGCUAUGAACGGAAGACGCUGAUCAUUUGUGCUUUCUUCCUCCCUCCAUGUUCUUCUGCUACUAGUCGAUUCGUUCGUACCCUGCUAUGCCCGCUUUGCUUCGUCACUUCGGUCGACCGCGAGACCUUUCUUCUGCCGACGGUGUGCUUUUCCGUGAUGCACAUCUACCUGCAUUGACUCAUUCGCGUCCUCGACAUCUCAGCUGCUCAGGUAGCGCGUCAGCCUUUCUUUCCUUCUUCUUCGGGCUCUUCCUCUUCCUUUUCUUCGGAUAAUGACGUGACGGGCAAUGGUACGCAGCCAUUCUAACGCGCUCUCACGCGCAUCACUCACGCACCGCAUAGCUCUCGGGUCUCGGGCUCACUCAAACGAGAGGGCGGCAGUGCACACAGGUAUAGCCCAACUCUCUCAGCAUCAUCAUCAAGGUUCGUUAAGGGUGACUUGUUCAGAUGCGGAUGGCGUUGAGACGGAUGAAUCAGCAUCAGUUGUGAGUAAUCGUGAUAAGGCGUUCCGCUCAAAAGAUCGAGCGGAACCCAAUCGAUUCAUGAAUAACCAAUUGUGCUCUGCUCAGAAACGCUCAACAACUGCCAUCUCUGCCAACGACGCUGGUAGCGAAACGGAUGUCAGCAAGGAUGCCAAAUCCUCCGCUGGAUUGAAGACCACUUCCAGUGCGGAUUCGACGACUAAUGUGAAACCGAAACCGACGGCCGCUCCCACUGCUGCCACUUCGUCCGUCGUCGAGACGAUUGCGGAUAAAGCAUCAAGCACUGAGGCAGCCAUCUCCAAGACCUUGCAGUCGGCAACUCCGCAGUCGAUCUCCCAAACGUCGGCUGAUGUCAAAACGUCUGCCAUUGUUUCGAGCACUGCCGAGAUCUCCGUAUCUAGCGACGCAGCCUCGGCCUCGGCCCUAGGUCCGAGCUCUGAUGCGGCCACCAGCACUACCAGCAGUGUUGUAGCAUCCUCUGCGGCGAUCACAACUGUGGCCCCGACUAGCGUGGCUGCUAGUGCGUCGAAUACUGCUCAGCCCAGCUCGAGCUCGGUUGCAACAUCUGUCACCCUGUCUGCAGCUGCCACCAGUCAGCCUGCCACGACUCACAGCCACCAUGGGCAGAGCAGCCAGGGGAUUGCUGCACCGUCCGGUUCCGCCCCGUCGACGACGUCCUCGGCUUCGGCUUUAAGCGUGGCACCUACCGAUUCGUCCAGCCCGUCCGUUCCGGUGGAGCAGCCGACUAGCAGUGUCAUCAUAGCUACUACGGCGACUGCCACCCAGUCGACCGACACGGCUGCUUCGGCGACCGCCGCUCCUCCGUCGACUAUCACCGCCGGGAAGCCGCCUCACAAGGGCUCAAAGGGCAACAAGUCUGCGUCUGCCACGACUUUAGCUAUCCAGACAACGGUGUCCGAUGUCACGACUUCCGUUCCAGUCACGACUGCCCAGGUCGGAGGCUCUAAUGGACAAGGCGACUCUUCGACUGCCGACGCAGCGACUGUGACAGUCCAAACAACAGCCGCUGCUGUUACCCCGACGGCUGCCUCGACCACGGCGCAGACGGUGGCUCCGCCUGUGACGACCACGUCCAAGGGGAAACCCAAGGGCGGAAAGGGCCCCAAGAGUUCAUCCACCGCCGCCGAUGCAACCACCGCGGCAGUUCAAACGACGGCCACCGAUCCCGGUGCGACCGCGACUUCGACGACUGCUGUGGUCACGGCUCAAUCAGCAGCUCCGCCGUCCACGACGGCCACAGACAACUCUCCGCCGAGCGACGGUGGCCAAAACGGCAAGGGGAACUCGAAUGGGAGCGGGAAAGGUGUCAAAACUUCGUCGACAGCCGAUGCGGCGACGGCGACUGUGCAGACGACUGCCGGUGCAACUGUUACCGCGGCGGAGCCCCCGACGACUUUGGCUGAUACCUCCACGGCUGUGGCUGCCACUUCGACGACUGCUGCUGCUCCCGUCCAAACUGGUAAAGGCACCGCCGCUGGAAGUAAAGGACAGGGCAAGGACAACAAUUCUUCGUCCACAAAUGAGGCUACGGCAGCUGUUGCCACCGAUAGCGUUUCUCCCCCCACUACCCAAACAGUGAUCGCCACGACCAAGGGCAAAACGACUGUUGCGACCGCCACGGAUGCCGCGAAUGCUGCGACUGCGACCGAUGCCGCGGGUGUGAAUACUGCGACGACUCGGGCCAAGGCCAACACGAACGGUGUGGUCACUGCGGCGGAGACGACGGUCGUCGCCGCAUCUAUCCCGCCGCCAGCAGCGACGACGGAUCUCACAAAUCAGGGUGCGGGCGUGUCUUUGGCGGCUACUUCGGCUGAAGCUGUGCAAACUACGGCGACAGUCGCAGCCACUAGCCAGGCCGCGACGGCUACCGAGGCUCUUGCGACGGCUACACGGACUGUUUCUCAGCUGGCGGGUGCCAAGGUUCUUGGGCACGACGCCGAGCCGACGGACAGCGUCACGACGGUCUUCAGCCCGAGUUUGACGACGUUCACAUCCUUCAAGCCCACCCAAAUUACGUCCGGUGGAGCAGUCGUGCUGACCUCCGUGCCCGUCCUUGUGACGUCUUCCACCUCGGUUCCCAUAGCCACUUCCACUUUCCGUGUUGGCCCGGGCGCCACUUCUGCGCCUUCCCAGGCCAACGCCAGUGCCAGCAAAAUGCCAGCGAUGAUCGGUGGCAUCGUCGGCGGCGUGGUGUUGUCGGUCGCAGCCAUCCUCCUGAUCCUUUGCGUCCGCAAACGCCGCCGUAGUCGAGCUUUGUAUCUUGGCUCCCGGCCCGAUUCUCCCUUCCGAGAUCUCGAGGCUUCGGCCCCGGGCCAUCCGGGCGAACCGGCCUUCUCAAUGGUGGCUCCGCCUGUCGCUUCUCCGUUCAAUGCGCCCAAGCCCUUCGACAUCACUGACACGACCCAGGUUGAGGGCGCCAAACCCGUGACGUUCAGCUUGGCAGUCGACCCUCCGUCCGGCCCCGACACUCAAGAACCGAUGGCCUGGGACUCCAACACGUUCGCCCGCUCCCUCGCGAGCAAAGAUCCCCAAUGGGCCUCCACCAUGGCGCCAUCUGAUCCGUUCGCUGAUCCGGUCAACCCGUUCGCUGAUCCCGGCCCUUCGGUCCGGGUGUCUCAGAUGCCAUUAACGCCCAAGCAUCUCCGGCUGUCGACGACAUCGUCGGCGCUGGCCAAAGAUGACAACCGCACCAGCACCGCCAGCAAUGGCACUAUUUAUUUCGAAGGACUCGCUAUGUGAUGGUUUAUUUAUAUCUGGGUUACAGUACUUACAUAUUCGCUGUGUUGCACACAAGUAAUUGCCAAUGCUCGUGUGAUUUCGUUGCACAAUCCUCUUCUCCUUCUAAACGCGAUCGCGCUGUCUUGUAGACAUUUCCGCCAGCCAGAUCUGAUGCGGCGCAUGUCGCACUUCCGGGUCCUCCUCGUAGCCCGAGCCUGACAUCCCGUGGUCAUAGGCCUGGGGCUGAAACAGUCGCCCUCUUGUUCGCCAGUCGAGCCAAAAGUCCAACACCGCGAUCGCGAGCACGACACCCGUCAUCCACGAAAACGCCAGGCGCCACGGAUCGUCCGUCCGCCCCGCGAUCAGCGCCAGAAGGUCGAGGAAGAUGCAGAUGCCGAGGGUGGGAUCCGGGCCAGAAGCGCACGUCUGUCACAGAGCAGCAGCAGCAGCCUAAUCAGUAUCGUAGUACCGCGAGAACGCUGAGCGCCUGGAACGCACAAUAAGGACCAGCAGCACCCCGCAGUGCGCUUGCUGUUGGAUGCGCGGCCGACCGGCGCCGAGGGACAGCAUGCCCCAGGUCAGCCACAGCGCAUGCAGCACGGACACCCCUGCGUUCGUCUUUGCGACCAGAUGCGUCGUGCGGUUGGCCCUCGUCAGCGGGUAGCCUCCGGACGGGCGCAGGACGAUCAGCGCAAAGGCGAGCUGCAUUGCACAAUUGCACAAUACGAGGCUCUGGGACAGCAGGACGUGAUUGCUGAGCAUCCCCGCCACAAACGACGCGCCUGUAAGAAAACACCAGUCAGCAGGCACCCCCACCCACGACGCCUAGUUGUGGCACAUACCGACAAGGAGGUUCCCGCCGAUGUAGAAAGGAGCAUACACCAUCUGUGUCGGCUCGCAGAGAGAUUCGGCCUGCGCUACCGGGAUGGCGUCGAAGGCCGCUCCACCAUCGCCUAUGUAAUUUUCCUCUGCCUCCCAGAGCACCUCAGUCUCGGGCGUUUCGCGCCGCCGGGUCCUUCCUCCUUGAUAGCAACUGGCGCUCUGUCCCGCUGAAGGAUACAUCCGCCGCAGCCAGUACAACUGGACACCAACCUGCGAGAGGAAGAGCGCGGCGAGGAAAUAUGGGUGCGGCGCGUAGGGCGAGUAUGUAUCGUUGGCCCCGCCGAGUCUCUGUACCAUUGAGGAAGCGGAGGCAGACCCGGCGGGGGCGAGGGCGUCGAGGAGCGCGCGCGCCUGUGCGACCAUGGAGAAGACGAAGGAUGAGGCAGCGAGUGCGCGCAGUCGGGAUAGGCGGCUCAUGGUCGGUUGGAUGAGGGGGGC